GAUAAAUCGAAGACUGCGCACAUACGAAAGGUUUUCAAUCAAAUCGCCAAAGGCAAAAUGGGAGCAACUUCGCGCUAUCCGGCUGACGACACUUUCUGCGACGUCAUCAAGUCUGGCCACGUGAAAAUCAAGAGCCGCAAACUUGGGAUGUGGCAGAGAAGGUGGAUUGUGUUGCGUCGAGCGACGAGCGAAGGAUCUACUCGCAUCGAUAAAUACCCCGAUCGAUUUCAGCACAAAGAUGCUGCCACUUCCACCCCCGACAAGAGACUCAAUAUUUUGCCCAAGUCGACCCUGGAGUUGAAGGAUGUUUCCCGAGUUAGCAGGUUGCCGCUGGAAUUUUGCCCGGCCGGGUUCUGCGUGGAAUUCAAAGACGGCAACAGCCGCACAAUCGCCUGCGACACUGAGAAAGAAGCUGACGAGUGGAUCGAUCACAUCAUUCGUCUUUGCCUCACCCCGACACAAACUGGAAUGCGAAACAACCGCCUUUUUGCGUCUAUUCCAGCUCAAUUUGACGAGGUGUUCAACGUGUACCUGAUCCCGUCGCAUAAGACGGUGAUAAGUGGAGAGGUUUUGUUGCAAGUCGCCCCGGAUCGCAUUUACUUGUGGGACAUCGACGCUCCUCAGCUCAAGUUGCUCGAGUGGCCGAUUUUGUCAAUUCAACGCUUCGGUCGGGACUCGAAACACUUUUCCAUCGACGUGGGAGGUCGUUUCCCGAGUCCGACACCCCGAGCGACGGGUUCGUCGUCGUCACCUCCGCCAUCCGACGCAUUCAAACCCACGGUACGAGCUUUGAUCCCCGGCGAAGUUUACGACGAAGCCGAGUUGCUCAUGUUGCUGGACGACGACUCUGGAAUCGACAUAACAACUCCGUGCAACAUCAUUGUCAGUUUGAAGCCAGUCGGACUUUGGAUAGCGUCUGGCUGGAGCAACGGGGCCCAAUGGUCCAGCGUUUUCAGCAGGUAUCAAGCAGUCACUGGCUCGGAAGUCAGCGAGUGCGGAACUUGUUGA